AUGGAAAGUCGCAAUUCCCGAAGCCCUCCUCUCUACGCUGGACGUAGGAGUCACAAGAUGAAGGGUACCGUAAAAAUUGACUACGUCGUCAGUAAAAAGUUUUGCCUGACGCAUGCUGUUGUGCCAAAGUUUUAUGCAGGAUUGGACCAUUGCCUCCUUCAAGAAGGAUUUUACUUCACUCGGAGAGGAGAGAAAGCCGCCAAGUUCAGAGGAAGAAAUCCCAGAACUAUCAUCAACUGGGACCUCUUCGCUACGUUAGCAGGUUUUUGGGAAGAUUCCGCAAUGGACAACAUCGACGAGGAAUAUGACCGGCUCGUUGAACACCUUCACGACUGCGCGAAGAAAGCUGAGAGUUCUAAAACCACCAAGAGACGCCUGUCUCUUGAAACUCUUGAACUGAUACGCCAGCGUGGAGCAGCACGAGCCGCAGGGAACCAAGAACUCACGUCCGUGCUCGCAAUUCUUUGCAGAGAGGCGAUAAAGGAAGACCUUAAAGAGAGAAGAGCAGGAGUGCUGGCUGAAGCUGCAGAGGCGGGGAAAAGCAUCCGCUAUGCCUGUCGAGACUUCGCCAGUCGCAAGACGAGGAUGACUGCUCUCCGGAACCCGAAGGGAAAAACCAUUGUAUCGAGAAGGAGGAUGGAGAAAAUCAUCUACGACUUCUACUCUGAUCUCUUCGAGGGCCAUGUCCACUUGCCUCCUCACCAUCUGAGGGAAGAUGGACAUGUCAUUCCAGAGGUUCUCCCGUCCGAAAUACGACAUGCCAUCAUGUCGGUAAGAAACGUACGGCACCCGGUCCCGACAGAAUAA